CCUGAUCAAAAUAACAGAAUGCGUCAUGGGCGGGGAGGAAACUGACAUUGAUGGUUAGCUGUGAGAUGGUUAUAAAAGCUGAAGCUGCUCUCUCGUUUCUACUCACCUGGAAUUCACCACCAGUUGAUAGCUUCACUGAAUCAUCAAGCUACUACAUCUCAGAUCUCUCUCGCUUAAACCGAAACCAUGGUCUCUUUCACUCAGUUGGCCCUCGCCGCCUCGGUCAUCAUCCAGGCCUUCGCGUCUCCCAUUGCUAGCCCCGACGCUCCUGACUUCGAGCUGGGUUCCUCUACCAGCCUUGCUCGGCGCCAGGACUACACCCAGAACUACAAGACGAGCGGCAACGUCAACUUCAGCCCCACUGGCAACGGAUACUCUGUACAGUUCUCAGGCGCCCAGGAUUUCGUAGUCGGCAAAGGCUGGAGCACAGGCUCCAAGACCAGAUCUGUGACCUUCUCCGGCUCAACCUCAGCUACUGGCGGCACUGUUCUGGUCUCCCUGUAUGGUUGGUCUACCAACCCACUGGUGGAGUACUAUGUUCAAGAGUACAGCAACGGGCAAGGUGCUGCUCAGGGUACUAAAAUGGGAUCACUUACGAGCGACGGAUCCGAGUACGAUAUUUGGAAGCACACACAGGUCAACCAGCCCUCAAUCCAGGGUACUACUACCUUCACUCAGUACAUUUCUGUGCGCAAGAGCGGUCGCCCGAACGGCGGCACUAUCACCUUUGCCAACCACGUUGCUGCUUGGCAGAAGCUUGGCAUGAACCUUGGCAACAUGAAUUACCAGACCAUUUCCACCGAGGGCUGGGGCAGCGCUGCCGGAUCGUCCAAGUACACCGUCUCAGGCAAAUAA